CUCACCUCCAAAUUCUCCAUGCCCAUCUGCUCCCCACCAUGGAGCAGACUUCUGACCAAUCCGCGCAGUCCGCGAUGGUGCCAUCAAUUGGUGACGGGAGUGGGCCCCCAAAGGGCGACCAUAAAAAGCGCAAGUUGGAUGACCGUGACCGUCGACGAGGGAAAGGAAAGCAUCUCCAGCAUGGCAGCCAUCCUAGUAAGAAGAGAAAUAUGGGACGUAAAGAAUACUUACGGGCUCCUCUAGAUAGACGUGGGCGCAAUGAGGCCGAGCAGACGCGGCGCAAGGAAAAAUACGAAAACGCCAAGAACGAAGAGUCCAUCCUUCCCUCUGCAUUUCCCCAGGAGGAGCUUGACGCCGAGGAGCGCAGGCCCAAGCGCAAAGUCGCCGUUAUGCUAGGAUACUCCGGCACAGGAUAUCGCGGCAUGCAGAUCGACAAGAAGCAUAAGACCAUCGAGGGCGACUUAUUCAGUGCCUUUGUUGCCGCUGGUGCUAUCUCUAAAGCUAACGCUGACGACCCGAAGAAGUCGUCGCUCGUCCGCUGUGCCCGCACGGACAAGGGUGUUCACGCCGCCGGAAAUGUGAUAUCUUUGAAAUUAAUCAUUGAGGAUUCUGACAUAGUUCAAAAGAUCAACAGCCAUCUCUCCCCCCAGAUUAGGAUAUGGGGCAUUCAGCGAACCACGGGGUCCUUCAGCUGCUACCAGGCAUGUGACUCCCGUUGGUACGAAUAUCUUAUCCCAACACACUCGUUCAUCCCGCCGCACCCUUCUAGUUUUAUGGGUAAAAAGCUGGAAGAGUACGCCGAAAAGGCCGGAGAGCUAGGCGAGUAUCGUAAUCGACAAGCAGAGGUUGCAGCUUUUUGGUCAGAUGUUGAAAAGACCCACAUUAAGCCCAUCCUAGACGCUCUUGAUGAUUCCAUACGGCCCCUUGUAGAAGAGGCAUUGUACUCAGUGGAUGCAACCGACAGCUCAGAGCCCGAUCCUGCCAUUGGUGCUGCCCUUGAUAUUCCCAUUGAAGAGCAAAAGACAGGGGAAGGGAUGGAUUCCACAACCAGCGAAGUUGAUUCAAAAACAAACGGUGAUACAUCGCCGGCCAAGGACGAGGUAGCGGAAGUUGUUGACGCCAUCGAGCAACGGGAGCCAAACAUUGUCCCAGAUGACAGGACAGACGCCACCAUUCCCCUCCCCGACUCCAUUGUCAGCAAACCUGCGCUGGAAGCUGGCAUCAAAGCCCUCAAGAAAGCGUACCUCGAUGCCAAGAAAGCAUACCGCAUAUCGCCAGAGCGACAAGCUCGUGUCCAGGCAGCCCUUGACCUCUACGUCGGCACGAGGAAAUACCACAACUACACCGUUCAGAAGAAAUUCACAGAUCGUUCAGCCCAACGAUUUAUCAAAUCGUUCAAAGUCGCCCCUAAACCGAUUAUCAUCAACGACACAGAGUGGUUGAGUCUAAAGGUCCAUGGACAAAGCUUCAUGAUGCAUCAAAUUCGAAAGAUGGUCGGUAUGGCUGCGCUUACAGUUCGCUGUGGUACCAAUCCUGAGAGAAUGAAGGAAUCGUUUGAAAAUGUAAUUAUGAGGAUUCCAAAGGCACCUGGCCUUGGUUUACUACUUGAGAGGCCAGUUUUCGAAUCUUACAAUGAGAAACAGGCCGUGCCGAACGGUAGGGAGAAGAUCGAUUUCAGCAACUAUGAGGAAGCCAUGGAAGAGUUUAAAGAAAGGGAGAUUUAUCAACGCAUCUUCCGAGAGGAGGCCCAAGGUAAUCAAUUCAACACAUUCUUCACCCAUUUAGAUAAUUACAGGGACCCGACGUUCCUCUAUCUUACCUCUGGUGGCAUCGAAGCUACUAAGAAGAUAAAUAGCAAGUCCAUUCAGACGAUAUGGGAAGAUUCUGAAGACGAAGAUGUCUCUGGAGGUGAAGGUUGACGGGUCAACACCGAAGUAUAUACAAGGACAACGCUUGGAGCCAACCCCUACCAUAUGCCAAGGUAUACUGCUACAGAGGCUUACCAGAGACGAUAUGACCUGUUCGUCUGGUACCGGGCUUAGGGCCAUAGCUAAAGGUUGCCGUCUCCCGCCAUUAUCUUCCUCAUGUAUUUAAUAUCAGGUGCCAAUUUAUCCGAGACUAGGGACCUAUAGCUUCACUCAAGGAGCA